CGAAGCCAACCGAAGUUGCACUUUCUUCCGCAUGAGCCUGCUCUGGCGAUUGGCGCCGAUGGCGUCCGCAAGGGGCGUGGCGCGCAAGCUCGCGACGAGCCACGGCAGCUCGACCAACGAGAUGUUCCUUAAGAACAUGCUGACGGUCACGCAAGUGACGCGGUCGCUCCAGGCCCACCGCUCGGACUUUACGUACCUCUCGACCACCGUCAACGUGCCGCACGAAGCGCCGUGGCCAAUGCAUUUGCGCGGCCAGUCGUUCAACGGCAACUACCUCCGCCAGCUGCACCGGCGCAAGCUCUUGCUGGCCGAGUACGUCCAAGCCUUUGAUGCGCUGCAGUUUGUGUGGUGCACACGGUCGCACAAGUGGACCGUUCGGCUCCUCGCGCUCGAGACGUACCGCACCUUGUACGGAGAUCUGCGUGUGCCGCACUUGUUUGUCGUGCCCGACCUCGACCCGGCGUGGCCCAAGGACACGUGGGGCCUCCAGCUCGGGUAUCACGUGAGCAACAUCCGCACGGGCCGCAUCAAGUGCCCGGACGAGACCCGCGCCAAGCUUGACGCGCUCGGCUUCGUCUGGGAUAUGUUCCACGCCAUGUGGGAAACCAACAUGCUCGCGCUGCAAGAGUACGCGCGUCGGUACGGCCACGUCAACGUUCCCCAGGUCUUUGUCGCGCCAGACGACUGGCCGCGCGAGACGCGCGGUGCCCUCCUCGGCGUCUGGGUGAACAACAUCCGCAACGGCGUCGACGCCCUCACGCCCGAGAAGAUCACACAGCUCAAUCAGAUUGGCUUUUCGUGGAAGGGUAAUAACCGCCGCAAGGAGCCGCCAUUGAAAGUGACGACGCGACACUACCCCACGACGACGACAGAGCGCUAUGCCACUGCCACGUAAUCGGACCCGAACUACUACACUUUUGCC